CCUCGACCAAAAGCAAACAAACCAAUUUGAUUUCUCCGUUUGCUUUCUUUCAUAAAUUUAAUUUCAGUGCGUGUGCUUAUUGAUUGAUAUACUCAUUUCAGUGGAAUUUCGAGUUUGAAUGGAUCUCGCAGAAGACACGAACUUUUUGGGUGCAGCAAUUUCGCAUUUGAGCGGUGCUGGUGAAUUGAAAUAUGAAAACAUUGAUGCUGUUCAUAAACAUGUUUUGUCAUGGGUAAACAUCCCCGAUGAAAAAACAUUAGCAGAAAACAGGUCAUAUUCAACGGCGAAAAAGUAUGGUGGCUUUACAGUGUAUGCGCAAACCUUGACUGGAAAACUUAUCUCCAUCGGAAACAACUCGUCCAAGGAUACUGUCAGUGCCAUCCAUCAGAAAAUUGAAAAAAAAGAGGGAAUUCCGGUUGAUCAGCAACGGCUAAUUUUCGCUGGCAAGCAGUUGGAACAAGGUGGGACAUUGGGAGGCUAUAAUAUCCAAAAGGAGUCAAAUUUGCACCUUGUGUUGCGCAUGCGUUUUCACCCUAAUGAAUCAUUUCUCGACUCUUCUGUUCUCGAUGCAAAAUACAACUAUGACUUCACCAACAAAACUGACGACGGAGCUGUUUUCAAAAGAGGUGAAUGGACUUACAAAAGACCAUAUGGGUGGAACAGAAUAGCUUUCAAAAUUAAGGAUAAAUAUUCGGACAACAUUUGGCUCGGAGGUACCGAUGGAGGGAUAAGAGCGACAUCUAAACCAGGUGAAUGGCCGGUUUCUUAUCACGGAACUGGGAAAGAUGCUACCAAAGAGAUAUCAGAAAACGAUUUUGACCUCGAAAAAGGUAAACGGUUUCUGCAUGGACGCGGAAUUUUCAGCACUCCCGACCCCGCGAUUGCCGAGAAGUACGCAAAGGUGUUUGAUUAUAAGGGGUCAACCUACAAAGUUCUCAUCCAGAGUCGAGUUAACAUGGAAGAUACGACUCACGUCAAGAAAAAAGACUACUUUGUCACGGCACAAGAGAAUAACAUACGUCCAUAUGGACUGCUUUUCAAAAAAGUUUAGUUGGGCUGUCAUCCACAGAAGAAUCUUUUAGGAUGGGGUUUUAGGAUCUUUUCUUUCUUAAAGCAGUUUUAGGUUGACCAAAUCUGAUUUUCGAGGUUUUCCAAAAUUACUUUAAAAAUUUUUGCUGAAAAUUUCUGCGCA